UGGGGGGAUCUCUGCUUGAAAUACGAGGUUAGAGUCAGUAUAGGGCUCCGGCGAGCGUGCAGGAAUGAGUGGGUCCCUCAGCCGAGCGGCGGCAGCUCUGCUCCGCUGGGGGCGCGGCGCGGGCGGCGGCAGCCUGUGGAGUCCGGGCGUGCGGACUGCAGGCUCGGGCGCAGGCGGCGGCGGUUCGACGGAGGAGCUGGACGCGAUGGUGAAGAAGAACAAGGUGGUUGUGUUCCUCAAGGGGACGCCCGAACAGCCCCAGUGUGGCUUCAGCAACGCCGUGGUGCAGAUCUUGCGGCUGCACGGCGUCCGCGACUACGCGGCCUACAACGUGCUGGACGACCCUAAGCUCCGACAAGGCAUUAAAGACUACUCCAACUGGCCCACCAUCCCACAAGUGUACCUCAAUGGCGAGUUUGUGGGGGGCUGUGACAUUCUUCUGCAGAUGCACCAGAACGGGGACCUGGUAGAAGAACUGAAAAAGCUGGGGAUCCGCUCUGCCCUCUUAGAUGAUGAAAAGAAAGACCAAGACUCAAAGUGAGGGUGCCUGGGUCCUCCGAGCAGACGGGGCCAUGCGUGUCAGAGACUCACUGCCAGAAAAGCCUUACUGAUUUUGGUUUUCUUUUAUUGAGACAACUGCUUGCACUGCUUAUUCUGGUUUGUAAGCAGUUGAGUGAUUCUAGUUUGUCUGGUGUUUUAUCUAAGAAUAUUCUAUUGUGAGUUUAAUUGCAACCACUGCACUAUAAUAAUUCAAUGUUGUAUUAUGAUAUUGCUGUAAACAAAAUUUGUUGUUAAUGUUGUCAUUUAUUCUUUGCCUGAUUCAGGAGUGAAAGUAGGAGCUUCUGAAUUAUCAUGAUUCAUGACUUCCUCUGCAAAUGUGUCAGUCUACAAAGAACAGAUUCCCUCAGUUAGUUUUUUUUUUUUUUUUUUGUAACUACUUCUAUUAAGGCAAAUGGUGGGUAAAGAAGAAACUGUGAUAACUAGGGUGUUGUUUUUUAAAAUGAACUGCCAACACAGAGCUCCCAUGCAUGCAUGGGUGGUUCAUUCUGAAACACAUGCAUCUGUAAGGAUAUUUAGUGCCUGCAACCUUUUGUUUUUGUGAAUUAAGAAUGAUUCUCAAACUCUUUUAUUAAAUUUGCCACAAGAAUUGA